CCUUGUUGAGUAGUUCAUAUUCCUCUCAAGCCUGUGUUCUCUCGUUUGCUUCACAAAACCUCUGAGUCUGUCUUGUAUUUUCAGUUCCCUAGCUAAUUCCCUGCUUGCUUUUUUUUUUGGUCUCUGUUGCAUUUUCCUCAUGGAGAGAGCAAGAUCAUUCCUACAGUCUCCAACCUAUGGAAACCUCAUCACUAUUCUUAGCAUUGAUGGUGGUGGCAUAAGGGGCCUCAUUCCAGGAACCAUCCUUGCGUUCCUAGAGGCUGAGCUUCAGAAGCUGGAUGGUGAACAAGCAAGAAUUGCUGAUUACUUUGAUGUGAUAACUGGGACUAGCACUGGUGGCCUUGUGACCGCCAUGCUCACAGUCCCAGAUCAUGAAAACAAUCGUCCUCUGUUCGCCGCCAAAGAUAUCAAGGAUUUCUACCUCGAGCACUGCCCUAAGAUCUUUCCUCAAGAAAGCUUUCCACUUGCUAGUGGAGCCGCAGAGGUGAUUAAAGCUCUAACAGGACCCAAAUAUGAUGGCAAAUAUUUACACAAACUGGUUAAGGAAAAAUUAGGAGACAGACGGCUUCAUGAGACUCUCACAAACGUUGUCAUCCCAACUUUUGAUGUCAAACGCCUCCAGCCAACCAUUUUCUCCAGCUAUGAGGUGAAAAAGAACCCCAGCAUGGAUGCCUUACUCUCAGAUAUCUGCAUUGGAACUUCAGCUGCUCCAACCUAUCUUCCAGCACACCAAUUUGAAACCACAACCCCUGAUGGCAAAGUCAGAGAGUUCCAUCUCAUUGACGGUGGUGUUGUCGCUAACAACCCGGCUUUGGUAGCAAUGAAUGAAGUGAGCAGAGAAAUCCACCAGGGAAAUCCGGACUUUUUCCUAAUCAAGCCAACAGAGUACGGUCGGUUUCUGGUAAUAUCGUUGGGAACUGGUACGCCAAAAGCAGAUGAGAAGUACGAUGCAAACGAAGCAGCCAGGUGGGGUAUAUUGGGGUGGUUGCACAGCCACAACUCCACUCCAUUGGUGGAUAUAUUUACACAUGCAAGUAGCGACAUGGUUGAUUUCCACCUCUCCACCGUGUUUCAAGUCCUGCACUCCGAUAAGCAUUACCUUCGAAUUCAGGACGACACGCUGAGUGGGAAAGUAUCUUCGGUGGAUAUUGCCACCAAGAAAAACUUGGACAGUCUUGUGGAAGUUGGGGAGAAUUUGUUGAAGAAACCUGUUUCAAUGGUGAAUUUGGAGACCGGUGUCUGUGAGCCUUCUCAUAAGGAUACAAAUGAAGAAGCUCUUAGAAGGUUAGCGGGAAUACUUUCUAGGGAGAGAAGGACUCGUGAAGCCAGAUCACCAAGUACCGCAAACAUUUCCGUCACUGCCAGAGUCAUAUAAUUUAAAUAGCUCCUCUUAUAGUGAUAAUAUUUUAGUUAAUUUCAUUUAAUUGGUAAUAAUCAAAUACCUUCUAAUUACACAUAUGCCGUUCAAUAUAUCUGUUUUAGAUGUUCUAGCUAGUUAAUGACAUAUCUUUUGGUUCAUAUCUGUAUUCUUUUAUUUAUUAAAAAAAUAUUUGUAUUCUUUUAUGGAUCAUUGGUAAAAGCGAUCUGUUGUAAUAUAUAGCUCUAAUAAAUUUGUUCUUCUUUCCCCUAUCA